UGAGAGGAGAAGCUCUGAUUGGCUGACGGCGCCGGCGGUGGGCGUGUCCGGAGCUCAGGAACUGCUGACCCGGAUGUUCACUCCUAGGUCCUGAGGAAGUGGAGGCGCCGCCGGGCCUACGGGGCACAGCGAUACCGAACCGUCACCGCACCGGAGAGCCCGGCCCUCACCCACCGCAGCCAUGAGUGACCAGCAGCUGGACUGUGCCUUGGAUUUAAUGAGGCGUCUCCCCCCACAACAGAUCGAGAAGAACCUCAGUGACCUCAUUGAUUUGGUCCCCAGUCUCUGUGAAGAUCUCUUGUCCUCGGUGGAUCAGCCCCUGAAGAUCGCUCGGGAUAAGGUGGUCGGGAAGGAUUAUCUGCUUUGUGACUAUAACAGAGAUGGCGACUCUUACAGGUCACCGUGGAGCAAUAAGUACGACCCGCCCCUGGAGGAUGGAGCCAUGCCGUCCGCUCGUCUGCGCAAGCUGGAGGUGGAAGCCAACAACGCCUUCGACCAGUACCGAGACCUGUACUUUGAAGGUGGCGUCUCCUCCGUCUAUCUCUGGGAUCUGGACCACGGAUUCGCCGGCGUGAUCCUUAUCAAGAAAGCUGGAGACGGUUCCAAGAAGAUCAAGGGAUGCUGGGACUCCAUCCACGUGGUGGAAGUGCAGGAGAAGUCGAGUGGCCGCACGGCUCACUACAAGCUGACCUCCACCGUCAUGUUGUGGCUGCAGACGAACAAGAGCGGCUCCGGGACCAUGAACCUGGGCGGGAGCCUCACCCGGCAGAUGGAAAAGGACGAGACCGUGAGCGACUCCUCCCCACACAUAGCAAAUAUCGGGCGGCUGGUAGAGGACAUGGAGAACAAGAUCCGGAGCACGCUCAAUGAGAUUUACUUUGGGAAAACCAAGGACAUAGUCAACGGGCUCAGGUCCGUCCAGACGUUAGCAGACAAAUCGAAACAGGAGGCUUUGAAGAACGACUUAAUGGAGGCUCUGAAGAGAAAGCAGCAAAGUUAAACGUCCCCCUCCCCCCUUUUCAUUUCUUAUGUCCCCCCCCCCCCCGGCCCCCCCUCAGUCAGGCUCCGUUUUUUUAUGUUAAUUUUUUUUGCCCCUUCCCGGCCGUCCGUCGCCCCUCAUCUGUGUCUGCAUCACUUACAUAUUCAGCACCGUCUGCUCCUGUAUGAACCCGUCACAGUCCGGGGUCCUUUUUUUCCCCUCCCCCGUGUUAUAUACCGCCGCACACCCGGCUCCGCCCUCCGCAGCGCCACCAAUGGUUACCUCCUAUGGGAGAAUAGACGGAUCUGUCCUGGAGGGCGGGAGAAGAGACUUUGAUGUUUUCAUCAUGGGAUCCCCGUGGCCCCCGACUUCUGCCCCCCCUCCCCCGACUUUUGCCCCCGAUUCUGAUUUUUCCUGGUGACUGUCUGGGGAAUGCGUAGGGUAUGUUUAUUUUUUUUUGAUUUGUUAUAUAUAUAUUUUUUGUAAAGCUUUAAGUCUUCUAUAUGAGCCUUCCUGUACUAACAAUAAAAUGAUUAUAAAUAUC